GUCAAGGGUCAGACAGCCGUCUUUCCGUUGGCCAUGGUGCAGCUCCGGCCACGUUCGUCGCGUAUUCCCGCGCCGGCAGAGGCGAUGGUAGACGAGGACCAGCCGACCUCGGAGGAGGUGGAGCACGGCCUGCUGCUUGCGCAGCCCAGCAGCGGCGCAGCCGCGGAGCCGCUGGACGAGGACGAGGACGAGGACGGAGACGACGAAGCCCCGGAGGAGCUGACUUUCGCUAGUGCCCAGGCGGAAGCGAGAGAGGAGGAACUGCGCGUGCGCGAGAGCGCUCGUAGGGAUAAAACGCUGCUGAAGGAAAAGAGGAAGCGGCGCGAGGAGCUAUUCAUCGAACAGAAGAAAAGAAAGUUGCUUCCAGAUGCUGUUUUAGAGCAGCUAACUACAGCUUCAGAGCCUGACAUAAAGAAAUCCUCAGAAAACAUAAAAGUUAAUUUGAAAAAGAAAAAUGAACACCAUGCAAAAGGAAGAAACUCCAAGAAAGUUAAAAUACAGACAGUGCAGUCUGUUGGUCAGACUAAAAGCUACUUGGCGGUAAGGCUAAAAGAUCAAGAGCUGAGAGAUUCAAGACAAGAAGCAGCCAAACACUUCAUCCACAAUUGUUUAUAUGGUUCAGAAUCCAAGAGGACUACUGCAAACAAGUUCCUGUCUCUGAACAAUAAGAGACUACCAGUGAAAAAGGCUGCAGCCCAGUUUCUGAACAGCACCUGGGGUGCUCAGAAGCAACAAGAUGCCAAGAGGUUUAAAAAACGGUGGAUGGCCAGAAAGAUGAAAAAGAAAACUUGUAAGUGAAUCGAAGUAAAGCUAAACGAAGAACCUGUACUUUGUGUGUAUAGAAUUUAAGGUUAUUUGGUGUAGAGGAUUUCUCAAAAUCUAGUCAUUUGUAAAAAGAUCAUUAUAAAAACUAUAAACCUUUUUGUUUGGGAAA